AUGUCUACUGCUAGAGAGCGUCUUGUUCUUCUGAUUCCUCCUACUGUGGUUGGGACAGGCUUGAUCAUUUACUCCCGUAUGACUUCGGAGCGGCCUGCGACUAUUUUUCUCUAUACCCUCGCGAUCAACUUUGUGUUGAUGGCAAUAUGGAAUAUCUUCAUAUGGCCAUUCUUUGUCAACCCUCUUCGACACUUGCCGACAGUUCAUGGUCCCCUAAUCGGAGCCAAAGUCUUCCUUCGUCAACCUCGAGGAAGUAUCAUCGUGGACUGGCUACGGACCAUUCCAAAUGAAGGACUGAUCCAUUUCCGAGAGGCUUUGAAUUACAGCUUUGUGGUUGCUACCAAUCACAGAGCCCUGAUGGAUGUCCUUCAUACGAACAGCUACGACUUUGUCAAACCACCAGGCGGACGAGAGUUCCUGGCUCGCGGCCUGGGAUAUGGUCUCAUUCUAUCUGAGGGUGAUGCUCAUCGGGCCGCUCGGAAGGCCGUCACUCCUGCGUUCAAUAUCAAGAAUAUUCGGGCCAUGUAUCCCCUGAUGUGGAUGAAAACUCAGCAUCUCCUUCGCCAGUUGCAGAAGGAAAUCGAUCUUCAUCCUGUGCCUGGUAGGAAGGAGGGUCAAUCUGCUGGGGUUGUGGAGAUCCAAGGAUGGGCCAAUCGAUUGACAUUAGACAUCAUUGGACCAGCUGCGAUCGGCCGAGACUUCCAGUCGCUGGAGAAUGAGAACGAUCCUGUAUCGCAGAACUUCAACGCCAUUCUCAAGCCAUCGUUGGACCUACUGAUGCUGUUUGCCGUUUCGAUCAUUCUACCUCAGUGGUUUGUGAAGCGUAUUCCAUGCAAUGCGAAUUCCGUGCUGCCGGAAAAGGUUGAAUAUCUGCGAAAACUCUUUGCCGACAUCCUCCACGAGAAGCGAGCACAGAUCGCUCAGGAGAAGACCCAGCAAGAAGCCGCCGAAGGUGAUAUUUUGGGCACCAUGAUGCGAGGUGGAGAGUUUAGUGAUAGUGAGUUGGUGGAUCAAAUGUUGACAUUCCUCGCUGCUGGACAUGAAACCACAGCCGGAGCACUUACCUGGUGCUGUUAUCAUCUCUGUAUCGAACCAGAUAUUCAAGAGAAGUUGCGCUCAGAGAUAUACGCAACAAUCCCCUCCCCCUCCGCCUCCCUAUCCUGGCAAGAUCUCGAGGGAAUGCCAUACCUCAACGGAGUCUGCCAAGAAGUUCUACGUUUAUACCCAACAGUCCCCAUGACCGGCCGCGAAGCCAUCCGAGAAACAACUAUCGCAGGCAAGAAAAUCCCCAAGGGUACAACCAUCGCACUAUGCCCACAAGCCAUCAACCGCAACCCCGAAUUCUGGGGCGAAACGGCGGACCAAUUCCUCCCCGAACGAUGGAUUGAUACCGAUGAGAAGACUGGAAAACAAACACCGAAUAAACAUGGUGGUGCAUCUACGAAUUUUGCGCAGAUUACGUUCCUUCAUGGCCCACGGGCGUGUAUUGGAAAGGACUUUGCGAAAGCCGAGUUCCGAUGUGCCGUUGCGGGGCUGUUUGGGAUGUUCCGUUUUCAGCUAAAGGAGCCAGGCCAGAAGAUUACUUUUGGGGGGACUUUGACCACGCAGCCUAUUGAGGGGAUGCAUUUGAAGUUGACGAAGUUAGAGGGGUGGAAUUUGGAAUAG